AUGACAUCAAAACACCCGGCUAUAUUAAUUAAAGAUCCUCUUCAAUACGAUUAUGAUGACUUUUUUAGCAUUGUCCUUGAAGGCUUACAUAAAGAAACCCCAUCGCUUUCAACAAUUGAUAUAAUUAUAAGUCAAUAUAUCCAGAUAUCUGAUGAUUUAAAUUUCUGCCUAUCAAAAAUAUAUAAUAGGUUACGAAGAAAAGCGUUUGAUUUAGGAUGGGAUUAUACUUUUGAAAUAGAUGUCCUCUUUAAUCAAGAAAGCUAUAGCGGUCUAAGAGAAAGUUUGAAUAAGAUUAUUCAUAUAAGUGAUGAAGAAUCAGUCAUUCCAAAAGAAUUAACUGAUAUAAAGACGCAGGGUAUUAAAACCAAGGUAUAUAAGAUAGCAAAAUCGAAUAAGAAGAGUAAAUUCAAGAAGCACCAAGAAUAUGAUGUUACAGCGGUUGGAGGAACUUUUGAUCAUUUGCAUGAUGGCCAUAAAAUCUUAUUAUCGCUAGCUGUAUUUUUAACAUGCAAGACUGUCAUUAUUGGGAUUACAGGCCCCAAAUUAUUAAUAAACAAGAAGUACUCUGAAGUGUUGGAAAGUUAUGAAACAAGACAGUUACGUGUGGUUGCGUACUUACAGAAGGUACUCAAUUACGCCAUUACGUUUGAAAUUUUUCAAAUAAAUGAUGUCUGUGGACCUACAGGUUACAUCAAGAAUAUUGACGCAUUAGUUGUAAGUGAAGAAUCAUCGAAAGGAGGUGACUUUGUGAAUAAAACUAGGAGAGAAAAAGCAUACCCUGAGCUCGAUGUUAUCGUAAUAAAUGUGAUUGGUGACGAGAACAGCAAUGAACAGAACAAUUGGCUUGGAAAACUCAGUUCUACUGACAUUCGAAAACAGGAAUAUACGAAACAUUACAAAUAG